AAAACCCAAAUAAACUUUCCCACCCUUUCACGGAAACCAAACAGCCAGACAAUCAAGAUCUGUUUGGUUUCUGUACCCUUUCACUUCCCCUGUCUGUUUUCUCUUCAGUUUGAUUUCUAAUAGUAUUCUUUUUUGUUUUUUUUUUUGGGAAGAAAAAACAAUGGAAGUGUCAUAUGAGAAUGGAAAUGGAAGUCUGUGCAUGUCGGCGGUGGGGGCGGACCCGUUGAACUGGGCCGUUGUGGCGGAGUCCAUGAAGGGUAGCCAUUUGGAUGAAGUGAAGAGAAUGGUUGCAGAGUAUCGGAAGCCGUUGGUGAGACUAGGUGGCGAGACUCUGACUGUGGCUCAAGUGGCGGCGGUGGCCACUCGGGAUAACAAGGUGGCGGUUGAGCUCUGUGAGGCGGCUAGGGGUGGCGUGAAGGCUAGCAGUGACUGGGUUAUAGAGGGCAUGGCGAAGGGGACGGAUAGCUAUGGCGUCACCACCGGCUUUGGUGCAACGUCGCACCGGAGGACCAAACAGGGAGCUGCACUGCAAAAGGAGUUAAUUAGAUUCUUGAAUGCUGGGAUCUUUGGUAAUGGGACAGAAUCUUGCCAGUCAUUGCCACACACCGCAACAAGGGCAGCAAUGCUUGUGAGAAUCAAUACACUCCUCCAGGGCUACUCAGGCAUCAGGUUUGAGAUCCUAGAAGCCAUAACAAAGCUACUAAACCACAACGUCACACCUUGCUUGCCUCUCAGGGGCUCCAUUUCCGCCUCUGGUGAUUUGGUCCCCUUCUCCUAUAUCGCCGGGCUCCUGACAGGGCGCCCAAACUCUACUGCUGUUGGUCCGAAUGGAGAACUCCUUGAUGCUCCAGAAGCCUUCCGCCUAGCAGGAAUUCAUUGUGGGUUUUUUGAGUUGCAGCCAAAGGAGGGUCUAGCUUUGGUUAAUGGGACUGGAGUUGGUUCUGGCUUGGCUUCUAUGGUCCUUUUUGAAGCUAACAUUUUGACUGUCCUAUCCGAAGUUCUAUCAGCCAUAUUUGCGGAAGUCAUGCAAGGGAAACCUGAGUUUACAGAUCAUUUAACACAUAAGUUGAAGCAUCAUCCAGGUCAGAUUGAGGCUGCGGCUAUCAUGGAACACAUUCUGGAUGGAAGUUCCUAUGUUAAGGCAGCUAAAAAAUUACAUGAAAUGGACCCCUUACAGAAGCCUAAGCAAGACCGCUAUGCUCUCCGUACUUCCCCGCAAUGGCUCGGGCCUCAAAUCGAAGUAAUCCGGUCAGCUACCAAGUCCAUUGAGAGGGAAAUCAACUCGGUGAAUGACAAUCCAUUGAUUGAUGUUUCCAGGAACAAGGCCUUACAUGGGGGCAAUUUCCAGGGUACUCCAAUUGGUGUUUCUAUGGAUAACACAAGGCUGGCUAUUGCCUCAAUUGGGAAACUCAUGUUUGCCCAGUUCUCUGAACUUGUUAAUGAUUUCUACAACAAUGGGUUGCCUUCAAAUCUCUCAGGUGGGAGGAAUCCCAGCUUGGAUUAUGGAUUUAAGGGCGCGGAGAUAGCCAUGGCAGCCUACUGCUCUGAACUCCAGUUCCUAGCAAAUCCUGUCACCAACCAUGUCCAAAGUGCCGAGCAGCACAACCAGGACGUGAACUCCCUGGGACUAAUCUCAGCCCGGAAAACAGCUGAAGCUGUUGAUAUCCUGAAGCUGAUGUCCUCAACAUACUUGAUUGCACUUUGCCAGGCAAUAGACUUGAGGCACCUGGAGGAAAACCUAAAGGCCACAGUUAAAAACUCAGUUAGUCAGGUAGCCAAGAAAGUUCUAACCACAGGUCUCAACGGGGAGCUUCAUCCAUCAAGAUUCUGCGAAUUGGAUCUGCUGAAAGUGGUUGAUCGUGAGCAUGUCUUUGCCUACAUUGAUGAUCCCUGCAGCGAAACUUAUCCCUUGAUGCAAAAACUGAGAGGAGUUUUGGUAGAACAUGCGUUGGUGAACAAUGAUGCUUCAAUCUUCCAAAAGAUUGGUGCUUUUGAGGAGGAGAUGAAGGCCCUUUUGCCCAAGGAAGUUGAAACUGCAAGAAUUUGUUUUGAGAGUGGAAAUCCAGCAAUUCCAAACAGGAUUCAGGCGUGCAGAUCCUAUCCUCUGUACAGGUUUGUGAGGGAAAGCUUGGGGACAGAGUUUUUGACUGGAGAGAAGGAAAGGUCGCCAGGGGAGGAAUGUGAUAAGGUGUUUGUUGCUCUCUGUGAGGGGAAGGUGAUUGAUCCAUUGCUUGAAUGUCUCAAGGAAUGGGAUGGAACUCCUCUACCACUUUGUUAAAACAACAGACAAAAGAAGGAAUAAUCCAAGGUUUGCAGCAUCGCUGUAUGUUUUUCUAUAUGCAUAUUUUCAUAUCUAUAUUUGUUGGUAGUUCGUAUUUUGAUGAAUUUAUGUACAGCAAGAAAUGUAACAAAUGUUAUUUCUUGUUCGCCACUCAAUUCUAUCCCUGUGAUUCCAGAAAAAAAGGGUCUUGGAAGAGCAUUAAGAAGGAUGGAAAUCCUGGUGACUAAUAAAAAUAUCCAAUAGUCAUCAUGGCUCGCUCGGUCCACUCCAUUUUCAUCCCUAUCUUUGGCUCACCUUGAUUUGAAACUAAUAAAUGUCCAAUAAUUAU